AUGUCCGGGUAUUUCUGUACCUCUACCGUCACUACGCCUAUGGCCUUUCUUCUCUUGCCGAACAUUACCACGACGGACAUCUAUACAACACUUUCUGAUAUGUGGAUAGAGCACGGUCAGAUAACCGUUGGGUGGCAAGAGGCUGAUCUUAAAGAUUUCCCAAAGGAGAUCAUCACGAAUUAUGAGUCGAUAAUGGGAAUUACGCUCGCUACUGCCACAGAUGAGAGUUCCUCCUCGACAACUACAACUCAUUCCGGUAGUGGAAGGACUUUGAACACGGUAGCAGCAUCGACGUCAACUAUCGCGGCCCCUACACUUACCGUUAUUCCAAUAGAUACUUUGGAACCAACGAGUGGGCCAAUUAAGACGUUUGCUAUAACUUCUACACAUAUGCCGUCGUCGUCCGUACCUUCAAGCGGCGAUUCUGUGCGUCCAUGGAGGAUUUUGUGUUUAUUUUUCGUGUGCUUGGUUUGGCUCUGGACAAUUUAG